CAUCAAAAAUUAAAUUGAUAUUUAUGGGCUAAUCUGGAAACCUAAAUACAGUUUGUUUCACUACAACUAUAAGAAAGCAUGUUCAAAUUCCCAUUGGCUGACUUAUAAAGAGGCUUUUGGAACACAAACUAAUGUAUGAAGUACUCAUUAAGCCCUAACAACUACCCUGAAGAUGGUAUUAUGAAUAUGGCAACUUUUCUACGGGGCUUUGAAGAAAAGGGAAUAAAGAAUGACAGGCCUGAGGAUCAGCUGAGUAAAGAGAAAAAGAAAAUUCUGUUCUCCUUCUGUGAGGUAUGCAACAUCCAGCUGAACUCUGCAGCCCAGGCACAGGUCCAUUACAACGGUAAAUCCCACCGCAAACGAGUCAAGCAGCUAAGUGAUGGGCAGCCCCCACCACCAGCCCUGGGCUCUGGGCAGCUGCUGGCCAGCCCCAGCACCAACACCAGCGCAGGCAGUACAUGCCACACUACUACGCUUCCUGCUCUUGUGCGCACACCUGCCCUGAUGAUGCAGCCUUCACUGGACAUCAAACCGUUUAUGUCUUUUCCAGUGGACAGUAGUUCUGCUGUGGGGCUCUUUCCAAAUUUUAACACAAAAAGAAGAGGCUUAUUUGGGACCAAUAAAUUCUGCCAGAUGGAUCCUGUGCAAAAAGCAGUGAUUAACCACACUUUUGGAGUGUCCAUUCCCCCAAAGAAGAAACAAGUUAUUUCUUGUAAUGUCUGUCAGCUUCGCUUUAACUCGGAUAGCCAGGCCGAGGCCCACUACAAAGGAAGUAAACAUGCCAAGAAGGUCAAAGCACUAGAGGCAACGAAAAAUAAACCCAAAAUGGUUUCUUCCAAGGACAGCGCAAAGGCUAAUCCCAGCUGCUCCAUCACUCCAAUCACAGGCAACAGCUCUGACAAAUCAGAAGAUAAAGGGAAGCUAAAAGUCAACAGUUCCAGUCAGCCAUCAGGCUCUGACGGUGGCUCGUUUCUCCUCAAACCCGGCACGACACCCCUGCCACCUGGAGCAGCCACUUCCCCCUCAAAGAGCACAAAUGGAGCUCCUGGUACAGUUUCUGAAUCAGAAGAAGAAAAAGCCAAAAAAUUACUGUAUUGUUCACUAUGCAAAGUGGCUGUGAACUCCCUGUCACAGCUAGAGGCCCACAACACAGGAUCUAAACACAAGACCAUGGUUGAAGCUCGUAAUGGAGCUGGUCCAAUUAAGUCCUAUCCUAGACCUGGAUCAAGAUUAAAGAUGCAGAAUGGCAGUAAGGGGUCAGGACUACAAAAUAAGACAUUUCAUUGUGAAAUCUGUGAUGUUCAUGUUAAUUCAGAAAUUCAACUCAAACAGCACAUUUCUAGCCGAAGGCAUAAGGAUCGAGUUGCAGGGAAGCCACUGAAGCCGAAAUACAGCCCUUACAACAAACUCCAGCGGAGCCCAAGCAUUUUAGCAGCAAAACUUGCAUUCCAGAAAGACAUGAUGAAGCCUUUGGCCCCGGCCUUCCUGUCGUCGCCUCUGGCGGCGGCGGCGGCGGUGUCGUCGGCGCUGUCGCUGCCUCCCCGGCCGUCGGCGUCGCUGUUCCAGGCGACGGCCAUACCUCCGGCUCUGCUGCGGCCGGGCCACGGGCCCAUCCGCGCCACGCCCGCCUCCAUCCUCUUCGCGCCCUACUGACGGCCGCCCGCCCGCCCCGCGGCGCCCCCGGGAGGCCCGAGGGGCGCGUCGCGGGCCCCCACCCCGGCCACACCGCGCGGCGCGCCACGGCGGCCCCGACUCCAAAGACUAAGAAAUCACUAGGCUCAAGAGUGCUUUUAGGGACCGCUCCCGAAACUAGGGAUCUGAGCAGCACAGGCUUUAUCCCCCUGUUCUCCCCACUCCCAGCCCCCCCACCCACACCCCGACCUCGAUUUGUGUAUCUGAGAUAUUUGGUUUCUUGCAAAUGUAUUGGUCAG